UGCAUGUUUAAUAAUUCAUAAUUUGAACGACGGCCCUUUAGUAGAUUUUUCAACGCAUGGGUUCGUUAUUGAUGAAAAGCAUCUACAUUUUACAUUAGUUUGUGAUCCACGAUGCAGGUGAACUACACCUAAGGAUAGUCUUGUUAAAUAAAGGAUUAGAAAAUUUACUGUGAAGGGUCCGAAUAAGCAUGGUUUAACGGAUAGUUUUGAGAGCCAUGUACCUACUUAUGUGGCUUUUUAUCGUGGGUAAAGUAAAAUCAUCUACACCUUCAAACGAUACAGUAGAGGAGAGUUAUGAAUUGAUUUCUGAAGAUUUAUUAAGAAUGCAGUCUAAUUCUGACGUUUCGUAUCACAGUUUAUGGAACACAUUUGGUUUUAACGGACACGACAACGACAAUAAUAGAAGGCGGGAAAUAAUUGACGACUGGAACGAAUUGAAACCUCUAACUAUUAAUAUGUAUUUCUGCAAAUCAGGCUAUCCGAACUGUGACGAAAAUCACAAUAUUCUAGCUAUUUCUAUAGAUGUGGUACAAACUUCACUUGGUGGAAAUAUUUCUAAAUGGGAUAGCAAAGCAUGCAAACUUGACUACAAAUCUUCAAUAACAACAAACCGUUGCAGUUUAGAAGAACACACUAUCGGAAUAAAUGGUCGAGAUAUUAAGAUUAGUAAAAAUAAUGGAGAGUUCAUCAUUGAAAAACAAAGUGGAAAAACCACUUUUGCUCAACAUCUUUUUGUUGUCGGUGUUUACAAUGAAACUGUUUGCCUUUGUGAUUGUGUUUACUUUGAUAAAAUGGAAGCAUUUAAGAACAAAACGCGGGAGAAAAAAUCUAUGGAGGAACUGAAAGAAGAAAUGGCACCUGAGUUAGCAGAAAUGAAAAAGAACUUGACUGUUGAUCCCAAAACAAUGUCAUCAUUUUUAAAUACAAAAGUCAGCAAAGGAGACGAGCGGAAGUCGUCGAAACAGAUUGGUGUGUUAGGAAUUGUUUUUCUGACAAUAGAAGUGUGCGCACUUGUAUUAGCAGACUUGAUAUCAUAUAGACAACAUUGGGCAAUGAUCCGUGAUAAUUGGAAUGGUUUUCGAGCGCGGUUUUUCUAACUGCUGAAAAAAUAUGACCAUCGAAUAAGUCAUGUUUUAUUGACAAAACAAUUGUAAAUAGCAUGUAUAUAUAUGUUUGUAUGUUAUGUUUAUGUUAUGUUUAUGUUAUUUUAUGUUUAUGUUGUGUUAUGUUUUUGUUAUGUUUUUGUUUAUGUUAUGUUUAUGUUGUUUGUUUAUAAGACAAAUGUAUUGUAAGUCUGGUGAUGAAACUUAAUGUUCACUUAUUUAGAUGUGCUGUAAAACACUCAAGAUUGUGAGAACAGAGUACUUCUGCAACUCUUAAUUUAGAAGCUGAUAUUUUAUACAAUUAUAGCCUUUAUAUGAGAUCGUUAGGCAGUUAUAUCGACAUAAGAGAAGCAUAUUGACUGAGGACGAAGUAAAAUGUUUUGUUUGAAGUGUAGAUAUAUAGUUCGUUUCUGAUCCCCAAAAAUGUGUUUAAAAUGAUAAACAACUGAUCAAAUGAGGGAUAUUUAAAGUUUAAAACAGAAUUCUGUUUAGAACAAAACCUUCUGAAAUUAAAGAAGGUCACAUUAAAGUGGGUAACAUAAAGUUUCCCAUCGAAACCAGGUGAGAAAUAUAGAGAGUAUUGAGAGAUAAUUUGUUCAAUUUUUGGAACAUGUUUUGGUAUUUUUUUUAUAUUACUAUAUUAUGUGUAUGUAAAUUAUUGUAGUAUAAGAUUUUGAGAAACUCAUACCUCCAUAUCAUACCAAAUAUCCCAAAAAAUGAGUUUGGUAUUGUAAAAUUUUAUAAUGGCAAAUUUGUGUAUAGGUAACAACUUUUAACCAAAAGGUAAAAAAGAGCUACUCAGAGUAAUAUUGUUUUUAGACAUAAUGUCUUUAUUUUUGAUAAUGUAGUAUUUCCCACUUUCUACCUAUAUUAUACAGUAAGUGGUGUAAAAUAUUCUACUGUUACCCAAUCUGCUGUGCCUGAGUUUUUCUUAAUAAAUUUUGAAAAAAUUG